CCCAACUCCAAGGCGCACCUUGCCUCCGUUCCCCAUCAGCAUUCUUGCUGCUCCGUCUCUUCGCCACCGCCCAGCAUGUCGGACGUGGACGACGAGCUCCUCGCGCUGGCGGGCGGCGGCUCUUCGCCCGCCUCGCGCUCCUCGGCCUCGCUCUCCGCCUCGCCUUCGCCUCCACCCCGCGCAAAGGCCAAGAAGCGCGCCGCGCCCAAGAGCAAGGCGCGCAAGCGGCGAAAGGCCGACAGCGACGAGGAGGAUGAGGAUGAGGACGCAGAGGGCGAGGAGGAGGCGCUGUACCCGCUCGAGGGCAUCUACCGCGACGAGGCGGAUCGCGAGCGGUGCGUGUCGUGUGCAGCGCGACGAAGGACUGCGUAGGCUGACUGGCGCGACGCAGUCUCCUGGACAUGCCGGAGAUUGCCCGCGAGACGGAGCUGGCCGCGCGGCGAGAGGAGCUCAGCAAGCGCCAGCAGGCGUCGGCGCUCGCGGCGCUGUAUCGCAGCCAGCAGGCAGCGUCGGGCCGCGGAGCACCGAGCGGCGGUGCGAAGAAGGCCAAGAAGCCGGCGCCGAAGAAGAAGCCAGCGAAGAAGGCGCGGCGGAAGACCAGCGACGACGAGUCGAGCGAGGAGGAGUCGGACGAGGACGAGGAAGAGGAGGAGGAGCCAGAGUCGGAGUACGAGGAGGCAGACCGCCGCAAGACUGGCCGCCUGCGCAAGAGCAUCGGCGCCUCGGCAGACAAGAGCGCCAAGCUGCAGGAGCUGUCGCGCAAGCGCAAGGCCAGGGCGAGCGGCGGAAAUGCGCGCGAUGAGGCGCCUGGGCGGAGACGCGGCGACCGUAGUUCAUCGGAGGACAGCGAGGACGAGUCCGAAGAGGAGGAGGAGCCGCGCAGCUCCAAGGUCGUGGGCGAAGGGCGCGAGGCCAAGCGCAUCGCCGCCAAGGAGCCGUGGACGAUGCCGAGCCGAGAGACACUCAACCGGUGUCGCGUCACGCGCGACGAAGUGGCGAAGGUGCUGUUCAAGAAGGGCUUUGAGGCGGCCAUGAUUGGCGCCGUGGUCCGCGUGAGCCGGCUCGAUGACCGCAAGCGGCAAAUAUACCGGACGUACGAGGUCUCGCGCUGCAAGAAGGGAGACAACUACUACGACCUCGGCGACGGCCGCGCCUUCACGAGCGUCGAGAUCUGGUGCACCUUUGGCGCCGAGACGCACGGACCCUUCCAGCUCUCGCAGAUCAGCAACUCUGCGAUUACCGAGGACGAGCACUCGCGCUAUGCGCGUGUCCAGGAAGCGCUCUGGCAGACGAAGAAGCGACAUGGCCCGUCUGACGAGGCGGUGCAGGAUGCCUACGACACGUGGCUCGCAUUCGUGGACCGGCUGGUGCUGGACCAGGCCGAGGCGCUCAAGAUGGUGCGCGACCGGCAGGAGAACCGCGCUGCCUUCGAGAAGCAGCAGGGCGAGCGGAAAGCGGCGCUGCCGCCGCCGGGCGCCCCGCCUGGCCCGCCUCCGGGUGCGCCGCCAGGCUCCUCGGCGCGGCAGGGCAAUGCCUCGCCGGUCAAGGGCGCGUACGACGGCCUGAUGGUGGCAGACCUGAAUGAGCGGAACAGGAAGGCGGAGAAGGAGCGCAUGGCCGAGGUCGAGCGCCGCGCUGCGCUUGCGAAGCGUGCCGCACUCGGCAUCGCAGCCAACGCCGCCUCUCGGCCUGGCAGCGGCGCCGCGACGCCCGCCAACGGCGCAUCGGCGUCGGGCGCCUCGGCAUCGAAGAGCGAGCACGUGCGGCCAGUCGAGAACGCCAUCAGCCAGUCGGCGCAGGACAUCGACGUCGACCUGGGCGACUUCUGAGCGGCGCAGCGGGACGUGAGACGGACAUGGGCGAUAAUCGUGAUGGGUUUGCAUGCAUGCA